GAACAUUUCAUUUUCUUUUGUCUACCCACCUGUGCAGUCCGGUUACUAUCUGAAUGAUGGGACAAACCAAUCAGUCAGUUGUCAAAGAGUUUGUAUUUGUGGGAUUCUCCAGAGAACAAGGAAUUAAUCAAUGCUUGUUUGUGAUUGUCCUCUCCAUGUAUCUCAUUACUCUUGUGGGUAAUUCACUUAUCAUCAUAGCUAUCCACACUGAUGCACGACUGAACACACCAAUGUACUUCUUCUUAGGCAACUUGUCUUUUUUGGAUAUAUGUUUUACAACCAGUGUGGUGCCUCAGCUGCUGGUCCAUUUCCUAACUAGUCACAAAAGUAUCUCUUUCAGCAGAUGUAUGAUUCAGCUUUGCAUCUCUUUAACUUUUGGCAGCACUGAAUUCAUUCUAUUGGCAGCCAUGGCUUAUGAUAGAUAUGUAGCUGUCUGCUUUCCCUUGCACUAUGAGGUCAUCAUGAGAAAGAAAGUGUGCAUCCAGCUGGUACUGGCUUCCUGGACUGGUGGAUUUCUUAAUGCUGUGAUACAGACUGGGUUCACCAUGCAUCUUGAGUUCUGCUCAUUCAACACCAUCAAUCAUUUUGCUUGUGAAGUCCUUGCUGUUAUAAAAUUAGCUUGUUCAGAGUUGUUUGCUAAUGAAAUCUCUCUGAUGGUGGCAGGAUUCAUUAUCCUCCUAAUUCCCUGCAUUGUGGUAAUUCUUUCCUACAUCUAUAUAAUCCAUGCAAUUUUGGCAAUUCAUUCUUCUCAAGGUCGCUAUAAAGCCUUCUCCACAUGUACUUCUCACCUCAUGGUGGUUACCCUCUGCUAUGGCACAGCAGCCUUUGCUUAUAUGAACCCCAAAAGUAGCAAAUCUUCAAAUCAGGAUAAGAUCCUUGCUUUCUUCUAUGCAGUGGUUACACCAAUGUUCAACCCCCUCAUAUAUAGCUUAAGAAACAAAGAAGUAAAAGGAGCUCUGAGUAAAAUAUCAGGGAAACAUAUUUCUGCAGAAAAUGAAUAAAUCAUUUGUGUACUGUGAAUUUAUGUACAAUGUUAUAAG